GUAGAGAUCAACAGAUACAUAAUUCUAUGGAUAGGCAGGAAUCCGGGCCUUCGGCGCUAUCGACGCCUGCCACCUCGGCCACAGCGGGCGGAAGCGCCCCCUCGAGGCCCUCCCAACCGCCCCCCCGGCGCCUCCCCACACAUGCCGCACGGCUCGCCCGCCCCUCAGCAGCAGCAGGGUGGGGGCGGUCGUGGUGGACCCCCGCCCCCUUCGUAUCGCGAAUACGAUGAGCGCAGGCCGCUCAAGCGGGACCUGAGGCGAGAAGAGGAGUACCAGACGAUCGAUCACGACUACCCGAACGACAACGACUAUGAAGACAAGCCCAAGGAGGUGAGCGGCAUGCACCGGAUCAUCUUCAUCGUCACCCGGCUCCUCGCCUGGGCUUGUGCGGGCCUCAUCAUCCUGGUCGGCAUCGCCCAGUGGUUCGAGUAUCUUUCGAUCGAUAAUCUGCACGUGAGCACCUACGUGGUGGCCUCCUACUUGAUCUUCUUCGGUCUGCUCUUCAUGAUGAGUGAGCUCACCGACUGGGGCCUCCGCACCUACUUCGGCCUCCUCUUCUCUUACACCGGCCGCGGCCUCGCCUACAUCUUCGUGGGCAGCCUGUGCUUCGGCAUGGCGGACGAGAGGUACUGGCCGCUGGGACUGGCAGUGGGCUGCUCCCUGCUGGGCGUGGGCGUCAUGCUCAUCUUCGUGGGCUGGGCGUUCGCGGGCCUGCCUCCGCUGGAGCCGUUCUGCCACUCCUCCGUGCGUCACGUGGGUGCUGAUGAGGAGGACGAGGAGAAGCGCUACCGCAGGGAUUACUAG